CAUCCCAUUGCCCAGCAGACAUAUCGCAAUGAUGGCGUUGAGAGAGCUGUCAUCGCUGGAAAAAUCUUUAGGAUUGAAAAAGCCUAACAAAUACAGUACUCAGGGAGACAAGAAGGUACCCGUGCUCCACAGUAAUAAUGGCCCAGCUCUGGUCGGCUUGGUGACCAUCGCCACUCACCUGGUCCAAGAGGCCAAACGGCCCGAGUUACUGGGUGAGUCAGCAGAACACAAGGCUGUAGUGCAGCAGUGGCUGGAGUACAGGCUCACCAAAGUGGAUGGAUGCCACAAAGACAAUAUCAAGACCAUACUGAAGGACCUCAACAGCUAUCUAGAAGACAAGGUUUACCUGGCAGGAAAUGAGUUCACCCUCGCCGACACACUCAUGUACUACGGAAUCCAUCACAUCAUCGUGGACCUGGCCAUCCAGGAGAAGGAGAAGCACAUGAAUGUGACGCGGUGGUUUGACCACGUGCAGCACCACACCGGUGUCCGGCACCACCUACCCCCGGUGGUGGUCCUGAGGAACAGAGUGUACACCAGCAGCCACCACUGAGGUCUUAGGCUGGCUGCCAGGAUGGCCGAGGGCCGGCGGGAGGAGUACACAGGCGUGUGCUGACGUCUCAACCUACCUAACACCACUGUGGCCCCCUCCCUCCUUUGCCUUGGAGACAUGUGGUUAUUUUUCCCUCUGAAACCCCAGGCGAAUAACACAUGCAAUGGAGAAAUGAUCACAAAGAGAUGGAUGGUUUGUUUUUGUGUGAGUUGGUUGUUGGGAGUCUGUGUUUUGACUAGUCGUCAGGGUCAAUGUGCAGGGAUAGUCUGAAACGGCCUGAGAACAUUCUUACUGAUGCCUCUCUCCUAACCUGAGCCUUGAAUGUGAUAAAGUAUUAUUAAAAAUUACAAUUGACUUA